AUGUCUGCUGUCAGCGGCGAGCGGGCAGGCGAACAGCCGGCUGCUGUUCGGCAUGCAAAAGACCACUGGGCGAAGAAGUGCGGCCAGGGCAACCACAACACCAAACUGAGACGGACAUUCACGACAGCUUCUCACUACUACCCGCAUUCGCCGAGGGAUUCUAGCCCCUUUGUCGGCCCUGUUCCCCCUCGUCUGCAGCCUGUCCUUCUUGCCGCGAGACCAACAUCGCGGUGGCGGAGACUGACAAGGUCGAGUUCUGACGCUCGGUCCGCCGUGGCUCGCCAGACCCGCGAACCUCUUUGCUGCUGCCCACGCUCUACCACGCCUGCUGAUGCUACUCCUGCCUACAUGGCUGCCCUGCGACGGGCCCCAGAGAUAGACCAGUGGCGACCCGAGGACUCGCCUAGCAGAGGUAGAGACCGAGACGGAGAGCGAGACGGAGAGCGAGAGCGCCCCAGGGAACGGCCACGGGAGCGCAACCACGAACCCAGAGCUUCGUCACCAGCGCCACGCGCUGCGAGGGAUUCCUCUAGACGUCGCACCCACGACCUCGACACGUAUCCAUCGAGCCGGCCCCCACGAGGCCGUUCUCGCGACCCUCGCAGCCCAGGCAGAGAGCGCACGCGUCGUCGCAGCCGUGGAGAGUCGAGGGACCAUCCUCACGAGCGAGGCUCCAAGAGAGGGGGAUCCAAAUCCAGAUCCAGCGUCGAUCAGGCUCCACACGCACAUCGACACCACCACGACCAACACCACCACGACUAUCAUCAUCAUCAUCACCAGCACACUCAUUCCCAUCGCGACUCGAGCCCCUCCUCCAAGCGCCAUCGCAGCCGCUCGCCGUCUCCAGGAGGCUCCCUCAAGCGGGCAAGGCGUAUCAGGAGCCAAAGUCCCCUAGGCUCGCCAACGAGGACCCGACGUGCAGAAUCAACCCACCGUCCCAUCGACCGACCUUCCUCCCCACGGCCAUUGCGAGCUGACCGUGAUCGAGCGCCCCCGGCAGACACGUACAUUCCACCAACAUCCAGCCGCCGUCACUCUCCGUACACUGACCCCCGCUACAGACCAGCAGCCCACGGAGUGCACCGGCCGUCGAAAACACCUGAUAGGUCGUCACGGCGUGAGCCAACGGCUGGCAAAUCGUCGCCCAGAAGAUCUGGUAGGCGGCCCGCUAGUCCGUUCGACGAGCCCAGGGCCCGACCGCCCCCUCGUCCCACACGCGAGAGAGAAAGAAGUCCUGGUCGUACAAUUCGCAGUCGUAGCCAUAGUCGUAGUCGUGCACAUAGACCUGCUGCACGGUCCCGCUCGCCCCUCCGCAGACCAUCUCCUCACGUCGCUCGCAGGAGCUCACCAAUUCACGCACAGCGCACCAGGACCUCGCCGCACCGGAGUCGUUCGCCCCGCGCACGUCUGCGCCAUCGGACGACUCGAGCACGUUCUCCUGUUGGCAAGCUACCUCGCUUAGACCACGAGCACACUGCUGACAACCCAUCUGUUCCCCCGAGGAGAUCCACCUCUCGCAAGCCUUCGCCCGUGGCUUCUUCAGGCUACCACUCAGACACUUCUAGGGGUAGAGACGAAGGGUCUAGGAUGAGAGGUGGCGCAUAUCAAUAUCAGGGUCGUGGUGGUCCUGGCCUCCAACACUCCCACUCCCCGCCCUAUUCUGCGCACAGUCAAUAUCCUGCACAGGGCCACUCUCCUUAUCAAGGUGCUAGAGGAGGUGGUUGGAAUGGUCAAUCCCACUUCAACCAAGCAUCUCCAAUGCACCAUUCGCCAAAUCAGUCACCCCAUCUCCAAAACAGCCAGUCCCCAGGCUUCUAUCCAAAUCAGCAUUACCCACAAACCGCCUUUCAGAACAGCCCGCACAGGGGUGUCCAUGGCGGCUUCAGAGGCACUCAUUUCAAUGGCCCUGACCGACGACCUUCUGGCCCUGGUCCCAGCACUCCGUUUGGCGCUCAAGGUGGUCGCGGCCGCGGUGCUGCCCCAACUCAAUUCUCGAACCUCUCUUGGACACCGGCUUCAGGUACCCGCGGUGGCCGCCCUGCUACAGAAGCCCCACGCCCACAGCCUCCGCCAGCCGUGGCAGCGUCAGGCGACUCGGCCUCGGUCGACGCUGACGACAAUCCUUUCCGUCCAUCCAAGGACUUGCGUGUAGAGGAUGAAGGCGCCAAAGAAGAAAAUAAUGCCUUGUUGCCUGCGAAGCCGCCUACUGCUGCUCCUGUACAAGCGAAGUCUGGGUUCAGCUUCUCGCUCAAGACGAAGAACCCUGUGCCCCCUGCGAGCAAGGCCAAGCCGGACUUGGAAGAGCCUGCGAAGCAAGACAUUAUAUCAAAAGAGUCGUUGCUUGAUCCAAAGGCAAAAGAGGUGGCCGCUCGCGAUUCUGGUUCGCGCUAUCCACCUGAUUCGAGGCGCGAUAGGAGUCGUGAUUCCAGAGACAGAGACUAUGACCGAGACCGUAAUCGAGCCUACCGGGAUCGAGAACGUCGCUAUGAUGACCCUUAUGACAGAAAGCCUAGCUACAGAGAUCCUCGCGAUAGAGAGGCUAGAGAUCCACGAGACACUUAUUACCGUGAUAGGGAGAGAGAUUACAGGCAUGCACGGGACAGGAAGGCACGUGAUCCACGAGACCUUCGAGACCUUCGGGACGUCAGAGAUCGAGAUCCACGAGAUUUGCGGGAUCCACGAGAUUUGCGGCAUCCACGAGACUUUCGUGAUCCUCGCGACCAUCGCGGCGUGGAUCGGAGAGAAGUCAAUCUGCCUCGUCGACCCGAUGUUCGACCUGGAGUCCGACCUGAUCGGCGAUCACCGCCUCCUGAGGUACCAAGAACGAAGACGGUGGUAAGAAAGCGGAUGAAGCCACGGCCAACGCUUCCCACUGAGCAUGCUGCCUCAGACUCGGUGUAUUACAGAAAACCAGGCAAUGAGUCUGUCGUGGGUUCAGGCACGUACGGCAAAGUCUUCAAGGGCGUCCAUGUGUACACAAAAGAUAUGGUGGCUCUAAAAAAGAUUCGGAUGGAAGGCGAACGCGAUGGUUUCCCCGUCACUGCGAUAAGAGAGAUCAAACUCCUGCAGUCCCUAAAGCACGACAACGUCGUGAAGCUCCGAGAAGUCAUGGUCGAAAAGAACGACUGUUUCAUGGUGUUCGAGUACCUCUCCCACGAUUUGACAGGCCUGCUGAACCACCCAACCUUUAAACUCGAAGCCUCCCACAAAAAGGACCUUGCCAAACAACUCUUUCAGGGCCUAGACUACCUGCAUCGUCGCGGGGUUCUUCAUCGCGACAUCAAGGCCGCCAAUAUUCUCGUCUCCAACACUGGACAGCUCAAACUCGCAGAUUUUGGACUGGCACGAUUCUAUGCAAAAAGUGGCAAAUUAGACUACACGAACCGUGUCAUUACGAUCUGGUACCGGUCCCCUGAGCUACUGCUUGGCGAGACGCAGUACGGGCCUGCAGUUGAUAUAUGGUCCGCCGCAUGUGUGUUGGUUGAGAUCUUCACCCGGCACGCUAUUUUCCCUGGCGACGGCGGCGAAAUCAACCAACUCGACAAGAUCUACAAUGUCCUUGGAACUCCCACCGUGACCGACUGGCCCGGCCUCCUAGACAUGCAAUGGUUUGAGCUCCUCCGUCCCACGGAGCGGAAACCCUCGACUUUUGAGGAAAAGUACAAGGACCGUGUCAGUCCCGCCGCGUUCGAACUACUACAAGCCAUGUUCCUCUAUGACCCAGCUGCAAGGCCUACAGCGGCAGAUGUACUAGAGCAUCCUUUUUUUACGAGUGAGUCGCCAAGAGCGGAAAGGGCGCUCGCGUUGAGUGAAUUGAAGGGGGAUUGGCAUGAGUUUGAGAGUAAGGCGCUGAGGAAAGAGAAGGAGAGGGUGGACAAGGAGGCGCGCAGGGCAGCAAGAGAGGACGAGAGCGUGAAGAGGAGAGGAGAGGGCGGUGGGGAGGAGCGGGAAGCAAAACGGGUGAAGGCAGAGGGCCUUUGA